AUGGAGGCGAAGAUAGGGUCCACGCAGACUACGGCCGGCGCCUGCUCUGUGUUGGCGGAGGAGACCGAAAAGUGGAUGGAACAGGCGAUGCAAAUGGCCAAAGAAGCCCUAGAAAAUAUUGAGGUUCCUGUUGGCUGCCUUUUGGUCUACAACAAUGAAGUUGUAGGGAAGGGAAGAAAUGAAGUUAAUCAAACCAAAAAUGCUACUCGACAUGCAGAAAUGGUGGCCAUCGACCAGGCCCUAGAUUGGUGUCGUCGACAUGGCAAGAGUCCUUCUGAGGUGUUUGAACACAUGGUGCUGUACGUCACCGUGGAGCCGUGUAUCAUGUGCGCAGCCGCUCUCCGCCUGAUGAAAAUCCCGCUGGUUGUCUAUGGCUGUCAGAAUGAACGAUUUGGUGGUUGUGGCUCUGUUCUAGAUAUUGCCUCUGCUGUUCUACCGAAUACUGGGAGACCAUUUCAGUGCAUCCCUGGAUAUCGGGCUGAGGAAGCAGUGGAGAUGUUAAAGACCUUCUACAAACAAGAAAAUCCAAAUGCACCAAAAUCAAAGGUUCGGAAAAAGGAAUGUCAGAAAUCCUGA